GAGGAGAUGCUGAGCUCAGCAGUGUAGUGUCAUUACGACAAGAGGAGUCGAUUUACGGUACAGUUACGUCAGACGUAUUGCUCAGCAGAAGCGACGGAACUUAUGGCUGCAGAUGUGUAGCCCGGGAUUCACUGCCAAAACACGGACUGAUGGAAAACACAAAACGUCAUGAAAGAGAUUGACACUGUGGGGGGUGAGAGAGAUAAAAACAGUGAAGAAAAUGAAGAGGAGGCUCCAAUGAGGCGUAGUUUCUCGGUAGAAGACCUCCUCGAUGAGGUGGAGAAGAUCUGUUACGAUGCCUCAGGGACGUCAAAGGUGGAGAUGGUGGUGAGGCUAUGGAAAGACGGUUUCACUGUAAAUGACGAGGAGUUUCGCAGCUACUCUGUACCAGAGAAUCAAGACUUCCUGGACGCAAUCAAAAGGGGAUGCCAAGGCUGGUCUUUAAUUUGUCUCAGGGAGCUUCCAGCAGAGUGGGAGAGCAGAGCAGAAGAGGAAGAGCUGGAGAUCAGCGUGGAGGAUCUGACAGAAGAAAAUUAUGUUCCCAAGAAAAAAGCUUUUCACCCCUUCAGUGGACGAGGAUACCGACUUGGCAGUGUUGCACCCAGAGUAGUGGCCAGGUCACCAUCUGUGCACGAGGACGGAGAAUCUCUUCCUAUUCCCAUGGUAACACUAGACCACGCCCUUCCUGUUACCUCCCUGCAGAUCUGGUUGGCUGAUGGCAGGAGAUUGGUGCAGAGGUUUAACCUAUCGCAUCGGAUCACCGAUGUUCAAGAUUUUGUGGCACGCUCCCAGAGGAGCUGCCCCCCUUUUGUCCUGACGACAUCACUUCCUUUCCGGGAGCUCAAUGACAAAGAAUUGAGUCUUGAAGAGGCUGAUUUGGCGAACGCUGUCAUUGUCCAGAGACCCCUGAACACACAGGCUCCAUUUGGACACUCCUGACUAAAAGGACCCUGUUAUUCAUUUAUCCCUCUCCAUAACCCUGAUUGCAGUCUCAAGGCCUCCUAUAGCUUAUAAUAUAUAGAAGAACUUAUAAUGUUCCUUGAUCCAGCAGUUUGUGCAUUUGAUCAUUGUUAAGUCACUCCAAAGUAUGUUAAUCACUGUGGGGGAUUAUCUACAGUAUAAUGGAGAUGUCACUUGUCUCCAUUACCACAGGUAGUCCUGUCAAUGCUUACUUUGCCUUCUUUCUCUGGAGGACUUUUACCUGCCAACAGUCUCCCUGAAGCCCCAGACUCCAGAAAAAAACUGUCAAGGCAAACCAAUCUUGUCCCCUGUGCAGAUGGUCAACCAUGUGUGUCCAUCUGUUGGCCUUCACCAUGUAACCCUCCCUCCUUUCCCUCACACACGCAGUCCACCACCAGCACAGCCGACCUGCUCUCCAAAGUCUUCCCAAAUGGUCUCCACCAGUCUGCACAAUUUACAGAAACAAAGAGUGUUUGUGUCUUUUAGUUUACAGAUAUAUUUAAUGAACAUGUGAUGUUUUGUUUGCACUUUAUUAUGACUUAUAAAGAGUUAUUUAAGUUGGCCUGACUUUAUCGGUUUUGCAAUUUUAUGCAUUUCUUGUGAACAUUUGCCUUUGUUUUGAGGUGGGGUGUGGUCUAAUUCAGAAUGUAGGUUACAGUGUGUUGUUUUAUUUGACAUAUCACAAAUCAAGGUACAAUUAAAAACCUUCCACAAA